AUGCCAGAUCAUCAUUCUUAUCAAGAUCCAUUUUAUGGAUGGACUGUACCUAAAGCAAUAUCUCUAUGUGUUCAAACACUUAAAGAAUGUAGUUCAUUACCAUUUAAAGUCAUUCAAGAACUUAUUUCUAUGAGUGAAACUCAACUUUUAAAUGAAAAACCAUCAUCAUCUAUUGAAGUUUUGAUGAAAUUUUCAAAAGAUUAUUCUAUUUCUAUUGAACAACUAAUCAUUAUUUUUAAUGGUUUCGUUCAAGUCAUUCGUUUAGCAUUAAAACCACCAGCAGCAUUUCUUAAACCAGAUAUAUUUAAAGAUGAUCUACGUGAUUUAAAAUUUUCUGAACAAAUUAUUGAAGCAUUUCACAAUAUUCUCUUUGGUAAAAAGCGUGAUCAACUCUAUCAUGUUUUUCACGACCGUGAUCGUCCCCGUCUUCCAUUACUAAAAUCAUUUGAUUGGAAUCUUGAUGUUACGUUAACUACAGCAUCUUUAUCACGUUGUAUUGAACCACUAUUAUUCUUUCAACUUCGUACAAAUGAGAAUCGAGUUUUAACAUUUGAAGUUCCAAUGAAAAGAUUUAAUGAACUUCGUUAUAAUACAGCCUUACUUCUUAAAGAAAUGGAAGAAAUUGAUGGCAAACAAACAUUAAAACUACUCGAAACAUAA